GAUAGAUACAUACAAUAUUUAAUUCAUUUUUAAACAAUGGGAACAACACGAGCUAUGAUUCUCAAAGUGCCUGUCGCUGUCAGAUUUCUCAUUCUAUAUCUGAUACAGACACCAUUUACUGAGUCCUUAUAUUUUGUUGGAAAAUAUCAUUACGAAGAUUUUGUGUCGUUUGUAAGAAGUGGGCAAAGUUGUGGCUUUCUUCCGUCAAAUUUACAACACAUUAUUCCACAACAUCACUCAGUCGAAAAAGAGUCAUGUCUAGUUUUCUUUACGAACGUAACUAAUAAAUCUUCAAGAUCAAUGUUCAUAGAAAUUGACACUAAGUACUUCGCUUUUGGUGCCAAAUACAGUUUUGAUAUUAAAAUCAGAAGAUGUUAUGAGACAUCUUUACAAAAAGUUGAAAGUCUCUUAAUUUGUGAAGGACCAUCAGACGUAAACGGAACAACAUGUGACCAGGGCUGCAACAGAGGAACCGAAGUUUGUAGAUCUGCAAUGGGUGAUAACCAGGAAUUCUGUAUUUCGGAACGGACCUAUAAGGAAUCAUGUGACGACAAUUUACCGUGUUCAAGAAAUUUGGAAUGUAUAGCAUCCGGCGAUAAGAGAACAUGUCAGUGUAAACAAGACUAUGACGCCAUUGAAGGACGGUGUUUUAAAGGUCGACUGCCUCUGGGGGAAAUCUGUGAAUAUGAUAGCCAGUGUAUGGGAAAUCUUUCACAAUGUUUACAGGAUGAGUUGAAAGGGAGAAGAGUGUGUUCCUGUUUGAAGGGUUAUAUUGCUAUCGGAAACCAAUGUUACAAAGGUGGACUUGUCCUUCAUGAAAAUUGUCGAGGUGAUUUACAGUGUACUGGGACCGAAAAUGCAGAUAGAUGCAAUACUGUUGAACAUCAUACACAAGAAACGUGUAUAUGUAACGAUGAUUACAUCGAAAUCGGUUCAAAGUGUUACAAAAAAAAUCGUCGUCUUUAUGAAUCCUGUGAAAGGUCUGAGCAGUGUACUGGAUAUGGUGGAGCUAGUGAGUGUAAAGAUAUAGACGGAGUAAAACUUUGCCAUUGCAGAGAAGAUAGUAGAGUCUUCAACGGAUUAUGCUUAAAAUUGGAAUUGUCUCUUGACGAACCGUGCUAUAUAGACGGACAGUGUUUAGGGGCAAGAAUUGCUACCGUAUGUGGAGAAAAACAUAACGGAUCUACUGGUUUAACCUGUCAAUGCGAUACUGGUUUUCUGAGAUACAGAAAUAGUUGCUUACAAGAGAAUAAACAUCUUUUUGAGGAAUGUGAAAUAGAUGAUCAGUGCAAUGGGACAUCAUUGGUCUGCAGGGAAAUACGUGACAGAAAAUUGUGUUUGUGUAAAGAAGGGUUCAAAGCAGACGUUGAACAUAUGGAAUGUUUCAAAGCUUUGAGAACCGGCGCACGUGGACAUAACUAUCGGUCUGUCUUGACAGCUGUUUGUGGUGUGUUAGGAUUCGUUUGUAUAAUAGCUUGCUCAGUGGUUUUUCGUUUUGUAUUGAGGAGACGAGAACAAGCAACAAAGAGAAUUGAUGAGAAUCAAAAAACUUCUGAUUCAUCCUCUAUAGAAAUUCACAACUCCCCGGCAGAAAACAGCACUAAAAAUGUUGAUCAGGAGACAAAGAAAAAGAAUUUUAAGAUUUUCGAACCUACUGAAGACGUAUAUAACGAGGCCGAUCCGGUAGAAGAAAGUGAUUCCCAACACGUUUACAAUAUCUCAAAUCACCACCGUUGCAACAAAAAACAAAACUAUGAUAAAAAUGUCAUGUACAACCAUCUUUUUGGAAAUCCAUUACAUAUGUGUGAAAACGAAUACGAUUUUCAAAGGCCAAUUUUGGACUCCUCCACAACUAGCGAUGAACACAUCUUUUAAAGUAAUGAAGAUGGGCGUUUAUUUUAGCCUAAUUAACCAUUUUUAACCAUUUGUUUAAGCUGCCGAUAUUAGAUAGACCAAUCCAUGUAAUGUUGGUACUUAUGAACGUUUAAUAGGUUUCUUGUUCUAUGUGCAUUACGUUAUCAAACAGCAAAUUUAAGAGUCAAUUGUCAAUAGGAUUUUUUAACAUAAACACUUUUUUAACCUUGUUCACACUAUAAGAUAAAUACUUAGGUGACAGAAAUAAAACUAAAAUAAGAUCUAGACUUAAGUCUUGAAUGUUAAGGCUAUAAAUAUCCAACUUAAGUUUGACUGUAUAGUGGGUUGUAUAAAAGUAACAUUGUGACAAAUAUGAACGAUAAUUAAUUGGUAUUUCUUGGAGCACUAAGAUUAAUAAUUAAAAUGAGAAGUAAUAUUUUCUUAAGCUUAUAUAUCAAAAGUAACAUAUGAAUGGACUUGCAUAUGUGCACACGAAAAGUAAUCGAGAAAAAACAGUAUGGGGAAGAGGCAGAAAAGCAAUUUCUUUACAACUUUCU